AAAUACGCCGUGCUGGUGGCGGCCGCCAUCAGGUGCCUCAUUUGGUCACAGGCAGUCAGUCACGGGGUUGACGACUUUCUCGGCUGACAGGAAUUCGUCAGUUGCCUUUCAAUGCGAAUCCGUACUAUUGGCCUCCAUUAUCCACUGGAGGGCGACCUUAGAUCCGGCACGAGAUCCUUCACGUUCAACAGCCCCAUAAUGCUGGAUGCAAGAGAUGAGAUUGAGCCAAGAUUUCUUGUUAACAAAUCACCACAUUUCACAGCUUGCACUCUUCGUGCACCAACUCUUAUCAGUAUCUUUUUCAGAUGUGUGAGAUCGGAUGUCAUGUAGUGCGAUUGGGGCCUAUGUUUCCGUUUUGGUUUCAUCCUUGACUACUUGAUGAAGUCUUCCCAUUCAUCUUGAUAUGUUACUCGGUCCAGCUCACAACGCCUGAACUAGUACGCUGUUUCGGUUUUCUACUACCUCACACAGAGCCAAUAAUUGUUGCAGUAUCACGGUUAGAAGUCUGGUGAGGAUAUUUCCAUUAGUUUGUGUGUUCGUCUUAUGCUCUAAUGGAAGCGAAAGAAAAGACAGCUGUAGGAAAUCCCUGGCAUGAGGUCUGUCUGAUUCAUGACACAAGUUUCUUUUUCUAUUGUUAAGAAGUCUGAUGGUCGAGGGUAAGCUCAAUCGGAGUAAUCGGUUUACAGAAAAUGGAGUUUCCGACGAAGGGCAUGGAGCAUAAGUACAUCGUGACAGAGCUCGGCAAUAGAGUGCACUGCGUGGUCGCGGGAGCUGGACCUCCGGUGUUGCUUCUGCAUGGCUUCCCAGAGUUCUGGUACAGCUUUCGCUACCAAAUUCCAGCACUGGCUGCUGCUGGAUUCCGCGUUAUCGUUCCAGACACUCGAGGUGCAGGCGAGUCAGAAAUCGUUGAAGCAAGCGACAAGUACAUGUGGAAUGACAUAAUCGGUGAUAUAGUUGCCGUCUUGAAAGGACUCAAUGUGACUGAGAAGGUCCUUGUGGUUGGACACGACUGGGGAGCUUCGUUCGCCGGGCAUCUAUCACGGAUCCGACCUGACCUUGUCCGAGCCGUCGUUUAUCUGGGUUUCGUUCCUUCCACAUGGAGAGUUCAUCUAACCCUCUGGGAGGACACGCGGGCUGCUUUCGGCGAUGAAGUAUAUAUACAUGUCUUCCAGGAGCCCGGGCGGGCAGAAGCUUUGUUUGCCAAGGAGAAGACAUCUUCUUUGAUGUUGGCGUUUCUCACUCGGUGGAGCGACGAUCCCCAACUCGGUAUUCCAAAGGCUUCCUCCGACAAAGAAGAAGCCCUACCAGAUUGGCUCACAUCUGCAGAUCUCCAAUUCUAUGCAGAUACUUUUGAUAAAACGGGAUUCACACCCGGUUUGAAUGUGUAUCGCAAUUUUAAGAGGUCUAUCGAACUGAAUGCUCCGUUUAUAGACAAGCUUCUCGAGCAUCCGUCAUUAUUAAUAAAGGCUACGAGGGAUCUUGGCUACCAAAACGUUUCAAGAUUUCAAUCAUCUUUGGAUCCAGAAGAAAUACUUGCUGCCAACAAACCUCUAUCUCCCAAUCUACAGAAAGUCGUUGUAGUUGAUGCUAAUCACUUCCUGCACCAGGAGAAGCACGAGGAGGUAAACAAAGCUAUCAUCGAGUUUUUUAUUUCUUGCCCCCCGUCUUAGUUAAAUAUCGUCCACCCAUGUUUACAUAUGGUUGAGGUCAGGUUUAGGGUCUUGUCCCCAUGCUUCAAAAUUACCUUGCCAAGCAACGUGAAAUGUGACAGUUGUCGUAGGCCGAAGUACAUCCAAAUUCAAUCAGCAACAACUCGGUAAUUGCUCGUAAUGUUUUUGUUUAAUCUGUGUAAAUUUGUACUUUAAUGAGUCGGGCGCUCCAGCUAAGCUGGGAACACUUGAUUGUGUUGCAGUCUGGUGUUCUGUAAGUAACUGAUCAAUAUAUUACAGGCAGCAAAGCUCCUCCUGUGUACAUGUCUCUUC